AUGCCGCGGCGCCUGCAGUCGCGGGGCGCGGGCGCCCGAGGCCCGCCCGCCCCGGCCGCCGCCGCGCCGGCGCCCGCCAAGCCCCAGCCGCUGCUGCGCUGGGACGAGGUGCCCGAUGACUUCGUGGAGUGCUUCAUCCUGUCGGGCUACCGGCGCCUGCCGUGCACGGCGCAGGAGUGCCUGGCCUCGGUGCUGAAGCCCACCAACGAGACGCUCAACUUCUGGACGCACUUCAUCCCGCUGCUGCUGUUCCUCAGCCGGUUCUGCCGCCUGUUCUUCCUGAGCGGCCGCGACGUGCCCUUCCACCACCCGUGGCUGCUGCCGCUGUGGUGCUACGCGUCCGGGGUGCUGCUCACCUUCGCCAUGAGCUGCACGGCGCACGUGUUCAGCUGCCUGUCGCUGCGCCUGCGCGCCGCCUUCUUCUACCUGGACUACGCGUCCAUCAGCUACUACGGCUUCGGGAGCACCGUGGCCUACUACUACUACCUGCUGCCCGGCCUGAGCCUGCUGGAUGCCAGGGUCAUGACGCCCUACGUGCAGCAGCGCCUGGGCUGGCACGUGGACUGCACGCGCCUCAUCGCGGCCUACCGCGCCCUCGUGCUGCCCGUGGCCUUCGUGCUGGCCGUGGCCUGCACCGUGGCCUGCUGCAAGAGCCGCACGGACUGGUGCGCCUACCCGUUCGCGCUGCGCACCUUCGUGUUCGUCAUGCCGCUGAGCAUGGCCUGCCCCAUCAUGCUGGAGAGCUGGCUCUUCGACCUGCGCGGCGAGAACCCCACCCUCUUCGUGCACUUCUACCGCCGCUACUUCUGGCUGGUGGUGGCCGCCUUCUUCAACGUCAGCAAGAUCCCUGAGCGCAUCCAGCCGGGCCUCUUCGACAUCAUCGGCCACAGCCACCAGCUCUUCCACAUCUUCACCUUCCUCAGCAUCUAUGACCAGGUGUACUACGUGGAGGAGGGCCUGCGCCAGUUCCUGCAGGCGCCGCCCGCCGCACCCACCUUCUCGGGCACCGUGGGCUACAUGCUGCUGCUGGUGGUUUGCCUGGGGCUGGUCAUCAGAAAGUUCCUGAACAACACCGAAUUCUGCAGUAAAAAGUGAGCCUCCCGCCCUGGAGGAGGCUACGGGUUUGCCCGACCUGUUUGCUUGGAGUUUCUGUUGUUCUGUCGGUUUGUAAGUUUUGUUGCGUUUCCUUCUUUGCUGGCGGACGGUACAGUCCACUGCUGCUGGGGGAGCCCCGGCUCACGUGGGCCUUUGGAAGAGGGCGACGGGGACAGGGUAGGAGGAAGAGGCCUCUGGGAAGAAACUUAGGUUAGUGUCUGUGACAUUGAGGGGUUUUGCAAAGCCAACGACGAAGAUCCCCCAUCAAACCCCAAGCAGUUGGCUUGCCCAGUAGUCUCUUUCCUGUGGCCGAGGUAAUAACAAGUAGCCUAGUGAGGUCAGGUAUGCAGUAAAGAGGAUACACAGACAAAAUCCCUGGGUACUUCCAUGGCAGACUGGAAAUGCUUGGAUUUGUCAGAAGAAUGGGACUUUCUUUGUGGGUAAUGGGCACAAAAACACAAACCCAGGGCUUAACCUGCUAGAAAAUGCAUGGAAUGUGAACACAAGUUAAUUAUUUCAAAAUGCUUCUCAAAUGUUAUUUAAGUAAUAAUAUAUACAAUGAUUUUUCAUAAUUUAUCAAAGCCUGUGAUAUGCACUGAAUUUUCUUUGUCACAUAGUUUUGAAUUUUGCAGCCGUCUGCAUUGCACACACUUGAACUGGACAUUAGGGCGAGCUGCUCGUGAGUUCUCUACUUUUUGAAACAGUGUUUUUUUCCAAAGGCCUAUGAGUGUCAUGAUAAAACUGUGAAUGACUACUUAGGGACUCUGGUUAGAUUAUUGGUGAGGAUCUCGAGUGGUUUGUAUAAGUCCCUGAUUCCUAUUUACUUUAAUGUAUUCCACAAAACCCAUAAUGGGUUUUUCCAUUUGUUUGUUUUUAAUCUUAUUCUUCUCUACUUAUUUAAAUUGCCACUGGAAUAAAUGUGCCUUUUGAAGCAAUGCCCAAAUGACUGGUCCUCAGAUACAGUUCCUUGCAUGGGAGAACAGCAGGAGAAAGCUUAUUUUCCUGCAAAUCAGGGUUUAACAUUCCAUCCAGAAGGGAAGGAAGAUGAGGUUGGUGCUAGGUUUUUAAUAGGAAAAGUAGUAGUUUACAGGCAAGCAGACCAUUUGGCUUUUGUACACAAAGAAGGAGCCAGCCCACUAAUGUGGCUGAGGUUCCUAAUGUGGCCACAGGGUGGGAGGGGAUUGGGGAGAGGGCAACAGUGCUAUGCAUCCUCCCUUAAAAUGAAGAAAAAGAAAUGUAAUAUCCAGGAUUAAGUGAGGUAGUUCCAUUAUGGAAAGUCAGGAGCAUAUUAUGUGGGUUGUAACUGAAGUUGAGCUUAGUAAGGUUACCCUUACCCAGGUAAACAUCACCAUCUCAUUUGGGUUCGUACUACAGAAUUAUUCGCAGUCACCCUAAAUCCUUGCAAAAUUGAUGAACACACCCCCAAGAUGCUUUCUCAUGACCAUAUUGUCCAGUGUUGUUUAGCUAUAAAUGCUUGCCUGUCAUUGAGAUGGCAACUCUAACACAAACCACUGAGGCAGAUUAUUUAAAUACUUUCUGCACUUCUUGGCAUGUCCUUCCAGGUAAGGACCAGCUAGAUUGGUGAAUGGGGAACCUUGGCUUCAUGGUGUAAGUUAGAGCAAGCGCACAAGGUAGAUGAACCCUUACCUCAGUCAGUACUGGUAGGUAGGAUGGUGCUCAUGACAAGAUUGCUGUUUUUUGUUGAUAUUUUUCACUGCUACUGUAUUUGUAAACAGAGAAGCUGGCACAGUUCCCAGGAGGAGCCAGUGUCGUGUGGGUUCAUUUGUGCACAGAAGUUGAAUUUAUGUGUGUGCAUAUUGAAUUUAGCACAUCUUCAUGGGAUUGUAAAUACAUUUUGCACACCUCCUGAUGAAUGUUAGCAUCUCUUUCCUCGUGAAAUACAAGAAGAUUCCUGUUAGAUUACAGAGGCUGAUCAUGUGUGCUGACCCCAGACGUUAUUCCUUAUCCAGACCUGGAUUCAGUACAUAUGUUCAAGAACAGCUGUGGAAAUCAGGAUAUUUCCACAUGCAAACUUUUGUGUGUCAUUGACAUCUCUCCUAGACCCUCACAAAAUGUUGGCUGAGCAGCCAGAGAAGCAGGUUGAAGAGAACUUUGCAGCUUCUUUGUCAAAUGAAACUUCCUUUUGGAAAGUACUUCAAAGAGACAGAUGUCAGAAAAGGAUUUGAGAACAGUAACUAAACCCCAGAAUUUGUCAUUUUACAUUUUGUUGUUGUUGUUUGAGAUCUUCUGGGUCCACAAACAAAAUACUCCUCUCGAUCUGUGUCUUUUGUCCUUAAGCCAAAGGCCACUUAAGGAUAAAAUUAUACCCGUAUCAUUUUCAAGUGAUUAUGAUGCGUUAGCCAGUGAGAUGACACACGCUUCCCCCGAAAAGUUUCCCCACUCCAUCUGCUGCAGGGAGAAGCAGGACUCUUUCUCUUUGUUUCUGUCUACUUCUCUGUUCACUCUCCUUGUCUGCUCUUUAUGUGCCACCAACACCAGCAAGAGAUCACUGUAGUUGAAAACAGUGAACCUGCUUCACUUCUGGUUUGCACAUAGGCACUGCACACACCAUUUAAGAUCAGGGAUGCUUUGCUUAACUGUACAGGUUAUUGGCUAAAUUAUAUCAGAUUUCUGUCAAGAUGGAUAAUGCUGGAUUUUAGAAGUAAGUGUUUACUGAACUAAGCAGGUUUACCAUGCAUUUCAGGGGUAAUGUGGCAAUCAGAAUAAAGUAUCUUUAGAAUAUUUUCCCACAUUCUUUAUUUUGCCACAUCUAUUAAAAUUCAACUUAAUUUUAUUGUGUUAGAUUGUUUGAAAUACAUGAUAAGUUAUAAAUAAGAAUUCACUUUAUUCUCUUCAUGCAGUCUAUUUUGGCAGAAGUUGGAAGCAUAUUAUGUAAUACAUUUUAUUUUUAUUUGUUAGCCAUGAUCUAAGUGACACCUCAAGGAGCAGCCCCUUGGAGCCAUGCCAGGGAAAUUACUUUGUCGGACUGACUUCUGUGCCUGUCAGCCCAUGAGUUGGUCCCAGGGCUGACUAAGACUCAGGUUUAGUUGGUCACAGGGCUUCCUUUCCCCCAAUCCCUUCUUGCCACUCAGGUGAAGAAGGUGACCUUCCAUGUGGAAGGAAAUGCAGUUCUUUCUUUCUGUCAUGACUGGCUUGUAAAAAUAAGUGUGAUCUUUUUCCACUGGCCAUACAGUUUCCAUAAAUAGCCCAGGGAGAAAGUAUGGGGCUACAGAGAGAGCCAGAGCGGCCUUCACGUUUCCAUUCAUAAAUCCUGCAUGGAAGUGCUUGCAGUCUGAAAACUGCUUAGCCUAAUCCAUCAUGCUACUUUAUGGGAACCAUUGCUAAGAUUAUAAAAUUGGAGGAUGGCUGUGAUUUUUGUAAUGUUCUUCUGAGGGGGUGCUGAAUCUGAGGGCCAACAGCAAUAACAAAUAAGGAUUUUUAAUCUUCAAAUCUUAUGGCUUUAGUGACUACUGAAAGUUAUAGUGGAGAGGCUUUGUAGGAGUUGUUGCCUUUUCAAGAGUUUCCCAUUGGCUCAAGGUGACAUAAUUAAGUUUCCAAACUGGUAUUAGAAUGUAGGGAUAGUUGUGUCUGCACACUCUGCCAGACCGCUGCCUGGCCAAGCAUAUAGAUGUUAUUUGGACACAUUAUAUAUAAUGUUUGGAUAGAUUUAUUCCUUUAAUUGACUAUAGAUAAUUUUUAAAUAGAGCAGCGUAUGAGAUGGCUAUCUUUAAAAUUAGAUUAUAAAAUCUUAAGCAAAAGGUUAUCAUCCACUAAGUGAUCUUUGUCAUCUUGAUUUUCAUCUGUUAAGUUUGCCAACAGCUGAUUUUACUGGUAGGGCUUGCUGAGUUGGUCAUAUAAUCCCCUUAGUGACCAUUAAGCACCUACUGUGUGUAAGACAUUGAGUAAGGAUCCAUCCAUCCACAUUAUUGCCGGCAUUACCUUUUUGUCUUGUGGUGGAACAGACUUAGAAGCUUGGGUCUUUCUCAUUUCUAGUAGUAUAAGAGUAAUGUGCUAGAAUCUUCUUUCAAUUAACAUGCAAAUUUAUCUGCAAUUUUUCUUUCCCCCUCCCUUCCUCUGUCUCUCUCUGCUUCUAGGCCUAAGGUUGAAACUAACUUGAAAAUUUAAUGUAAGAUUCAGGUACAGGUAAAGGAAUAGUAUGUAUAUAUGCAGAAUUUUAAAACAUGCCAUCACAAUAAAGGUACUAAUAACGAAUUAUUGGGAGGUUUAUAGUAUCCAUAUCACUAUGAAAUGCGAUUCACUUAAAGUGCCUAAAUUGUGAUAUCAUUGAGUGAAUUUUAUAUAGUGUAAUAAAGUAAAAAACAAAAAUGUAUGAGUUUAAAUGCUUAAAUCUCCAAAAUUAAAAACUAAUUUUUCAGUCUGUUUUCUCUUUUAAGAUCUUUGUGUUAUGAGUUAUAGAACAUAUAUUAGAAAAGUAAAUCUGUAGAAAAUCAUUUUCUCAAAAAAAAAGGAUCAGAUACAAACAAAGAUAGGAAGCGGGUAUGGGACAGUGAGACUAGAAGUGAAUUCAAGCCGCCAGAAUAGGCCUCAGUUCGCCUGGGCUGCAGUCUUGUCCCUAGUAAAGCACGUGGACUCCCAGAGUGGGGGUGCUUAAACAGGUGGCAGGGAGUUCUGUUGGCAUCUUAAUGACAUCCUGUAGCUUUUGACGAGCACUGAGCGCCUAGGGAUAUUUUGAGUAGUUCAUUUAUCCCCUGGCUUAAUGUCCUUAAUUUGUUUCCACAAAAUUAGGACAUAGGUCAGAAAGCUAUUAGGGGCUAGCAUCAGCCAGUUGUAAAACACCUUUUGAAUCAUUUCCUUGAAAGAUUGCCAGUAUCCUUUGACAUGCAUUGCUAGACAAAAACACAUAAGCAUAGUCACAGUGGAAAAGAAAUCCAGUGGCAGAAGCUGGACAUUGAAUUCCUUUAAGAGAGGCUAUAUACCUCCCUAUUGAAGUUUUGAAUUCUUCAGUAUUGUGAAUAAUUAUUUAUUAAUUACAAAAAUAGAUGUUGGUUCUUAGUUACUUUUCCAAAAGCCUGACCACACAUUUCUGUUGUCAUUUCACAAAGAACAAAUGUAUUGCAUUUCUGGUUUGCAAGUUUCUCACCAGUUUGCAGGCCUCUUUGUUUGUUUGUUUACGAAUGGCUUCUUACAAGUCUGUGAGCGAGUUGCAGUAUGAGAGUGUAUAUUUAUAGUCAGGGCCUAGCUGUUAGCUGUGGUAGGACACGACUUUGGAAAACUCUAGACACACCUUUAUGCACCAAUAUGUGCACGUAUUCACUGUUUAGCAUAGUAGGAAACACGGUUCCCACAGCACUGGGCUUCUCCACGCAGCAGGGAAACUUGAAUGCAUUUUGUGCUUGACCUCUGACAGCUCUCCCAAACAUGGCACUUCUUAAGGAAAUGUCUGGAAUGUGUAGAAGUGUCAGGCCACCUUCCUCAUGCCUUAUAGCUCCACCCCAAAAGGCAAUAAGCAUCACACCAGGCAGAGUGGGGGAAGUUAUUUAGCUGGUUACUUAGCCAUGCCAUAAAAAUGGCCUGACUUCUCAUGGUUUGCCACAGCAUCAAGACAGGACAACAUGCACAUAAACCCUGUUUCUAGGUGAAACACAGGGACACACUUCACUUAUUUUAUGUCCAUCCCUAUUUAGAAAGUAAAAUCUUUUUAAUACACUGGAUGCAAAAAAGACAAUUCGUGGGGAAAAAUUGCUUUUCAUGGGAAAGAUUUUAAAGCAGUACUUUAAUUUUAUAUUCUAAAGGUUUGUAAUAGCAAUUUGUUCAUUGAAACAGGCCUUAACACAUGGGUAAGUACCAGAGGCUUUUGAAAAUCCUCACUCAUCUUUGCCUGGGGCGUUUUUAUCACAUGGAGCUCUUAUCCAAAUAAUAAAGACCUCAUGAGUCUUUAAAACUGUAAAUACUGUGUAGUUUAAAGAAGAAUAACCAUUUUUUUUAAGCAAAACACAUCAUGUAGGUAGAAGCGUAUCACAUUUAAACUUAAGUCUUUAGGCAAAACUUAAGUCUUUAGGCAAAACUUCACUAAAUUUCCUUUCCCAGGAGACCACAGAGAAGGUUGACUUUUCUUCCAGGUUGGUUUUCCUUAUUGGAGACCAUGGGCAAAAUUUUUCUAACCAAGCAAUUGAGUAUCCAGCACUAAAAAGGCCAAGUAACCAAUUCACACGGACAAGAGUGUAACCAUAGUGAGUCUCAGAGUGGGUGAAAUGCUCAGCCCUAAACAUGCUGUCCCUGGUGUCCUCACUCCAGAAAGAAGAGAAAGCUUCACACUGUUGCUACAGGGGCCAGGGACAGCUUUCAGUUUAGGGCUGGGGAAGGACUUGGUGGCUGCUUUCAUUUUACAUAAGGCCUGUGGUAGCUGAUGACCUGAAUCUUCAUUUCAGCCUUCUCCCAGCCUGUUUCCUCCACCCUCGAAGCCUUCACUUGCCACAAAUCCAGCUUUGAACAUAAUAGGUUUCUAAAAGGAUUCCAUGUGUAUUUAUGCCUUCAACCUUCUGCCUUAUGAGGCAUAUCCAUUUCUAACUUAAGGAUUUAAAUAUGAUGACUGUCCUCAGAUUUGCGAGAAUGUACAAAUAGCAAGCCCCAUUUGCAGUAAACAACAUUACUUGAAGGACCAUCUUCAAGCUCUUCCUCACCUCAGAGGCAGAGGAAGCACUGAGCAGAGAUCAAUUAGAAACUUUUAUAUGUUUUCUUACGUUCAUUUAGUGGUGAUGAUGGAGAAGAAUGGGAGUAAAUAAUGCAAGUAUGAAGAAAUAAUUUUUCCCAAUGUUUGCAAAAUUAAUCCUUAGGUCACCCUGACUUCAAUCUUUACUUAAAGAGCUGAUUUAUCUACUGGAGAGCCAUUCUCAGGAUGUGUGAACUUCCAUGCUUAGACUAUGAGGUAGUUUCAAGUCCAUAGUGUAUUAUGUCAGAGAGUAUUACUUAAUCAUAACUUCAUAUUUCCAGAUAAAUUUAGCAAAAUAAUCUAUAGAAAUAGACACCAUUUGGGUCAAUUCUGUGCAUGUGGCUGAACAAAUUGUGAUUCAUUGUUGUGCAGUUGACUAUGGCUUCAGUUUUCUGAGACAUUUGUUCCCUACAGUCUUAAAUAUGAAAUUCUGUAUAAAUGAUACAACUAUGCAUUUUUUGCUGAAAAAUGUAUGGAAUAAAAUAAAUUAUUUGUAAACACAAA